CUUCCGUCUACACUGUCCAACAAGAUCACGAGUUUGGCUUUUGGUAGAGUGUCUUGUUUUUAACUAACUCCUCGAUCGGCGCAACCAAAGCUGUGCAGCGAGCAACAGAACAACAGUAUCGUCUCGUUGUAAUCAUCAACAUGGCUAUCGUGGAAGAACCCAUCCUUUCAAGAUUGGACCGUAUUGAUUUCAUGGUGAAGAAGCUAGAGGAGAGGAGCAUAGGGAAAAAACAUCAGAGCCGUUCGAUGGAGCAAGUGAUGGAGGAAACUAAACGUAAAGGAACGUUUCUAGAGAGACUAAACAACGUGGAGGAGCAAGUUCUUAAGCUCUGUUCACACUAUGAGGAAGAGUUUAAGGAGGCUAAGGAGAAGAAGACAAAGAAGAAGAAGAGAUGGUUGAGGAAGCUGGUUGAUAAAGUUGUUGGACCUUCUUCUCCGACUAAUAAUCACUCCAGUAGCUGGCGCCGCUAGGCCAUUCUACUCUGUUUUCCACGUGUAUAAUAAUUGAAAAGCUUUUUCUUAUUUUUCUUUCAUGAACCAAGUAGAUUCUUGAGUUUUUUAAUCAAAAUUCCACGCUUGUUUUAGUUAUUUUUAGUAUGCUUUUAUUUUA